AUGAGCGGAUGCAGCUCGGCAAAGAGGAAAUGCAAAGAGACUGGUAUAGGUGAUGGUUGCAGACACAGUCAUCGUCAAAACUCGUUCAAUUUGGCUCUCUUCCAUCUAACUUCUCUCUGUCUCUCUUUCGUUCUUGGUGUCCCACCCCUAGAUGGGAUCGAAUCUCGAGCAGGAGCGGUAUUUUGA